GAGAAGAAUGAAAGCAUUGCCGAUUUAUGCUUAUUAUUAUUAUUUUGUGAAUGAGAGAGGUUGUUUUGUUAUUGUUUUUUUAAGCCGACUCACGCUCUUUAACAGCACAUGUUAUACUGCCAACAAUCAUGACGUAGUGUUGAAGAUUUUGAUAUAAAUUUGAGAAGUAGGAAGAAAUGGGUCAUUAUCAUUUAUUCAGCCAUGCACACACAACUCUCUUUUACUCUUAAUCUCUUUUAGUCUUGCUUCAGAUCUUCUACUGUUCAGUCGUGCCGGAGAAAGCUGUCUAGUUUAUAAUUUCAAUAUUCAUUAUUUUAUUCCUUUAAACAGCUAUCAACUUAUGCAGUUAGAUAAAUCCGUAUUGUAGAAAAAGAAUUAAUUUCGGAAUUGCCUAAAAAUUAUUCUAAUUCAAUUGAAAGCCACUCAACGUUUAACAAUAAUCAAUCCAACGGUAAAUUUCUCAAUCUUAAAAAAAAUAAGACUUUACGCGAAAAGUCGUAUAUGGAAGAUAUAAUAGUGCUUAAGAGGGAAUUACAUAUGAAAAGUCAAUGAAAUUUGUCCCAAAAAAAAGUAACAUAAGUGAUCUAUCGUGUGGUGCAAUUAAAAGAGAAAUUAAAAUCACUAAAAAAUUAAUACUAAGCUCCUAUCAUAGAAGUUUAAGCAUCUCGAAGACGAAGAAACAGGUUCUGUUUGAUAAAUUCAAGGAACUAGCAAGCAAGAAAUUUUUAUUUUUCUUCAUUCAACUUUUAUUCGAUUUCGCUAAUUUCUAAAUUCAGCAGUAGCACCAGUAUCGAGCCAUUUUCUCAUCUUCCACACGAGUGAUUUCUGUGAAGUUGUUAAGAAAGAUAUAAAUCUACUCUCUGGAUGUUCCAGUCAAUAAUGAUGAUGUGAGGAAGAAAGAUUAGACGUAUUCAUAGAAAGUAAAGCACCGUGUAAAGAAAGUAAAUUUACAACACUUGGAAAAAGAUCAGAUAUAGCACAUACAUAAUGAAUCAUAGAAUAGACAUGUCACUGAUUAACAUUUUAAUACUUUGUGUAACCGCACUAUGCAUAAUAAAGUCUACAAUUAGCAGUAAUGUUGAUGAUGAGAUUCCAGAUUUUGAAUUUGAUGACAACUUUCCCAACACCAAAUUUACGAUACAAAAGCCUCAAUCGACAAAUUUAAAUCUUGAUGAUUUUGAUGACUUUUUCAUUGACGAUGGAAAUAAUGAUAACACUGAACAACUUGACAUUCUUUCCAAGAAACAAAUCUUAAGAAACGCUAUACUGCGUGCGUUAUCAACGAGGGAGCUUAAAUAUAAAUUCUCUGAAGUUUUGCCACUUUUAAGGCACUUAAGUAAAACUCAGCGAAUGGUUUUCUCAUCGAUCAUUUCUGCACAAAUCAACGGAGGAAGAUCAUUUUCUUUUAAUGAGGUAAAACGAAUGUUUGGAACUGACAAUGAGAAGCCUCUUCUUCUUCCAAUCGUGUAUGAUCUCGCUAACUUAAUCCGUGAAGGAUUUCUACGUUCUGAUAAGUAUAAAGAACACGAGAAACCAAAUCAAUUGCAAUUUUUAAGGAGAAGCUUUGACACUAAUCCAACGAUCAAUUCAUCAGUAAAGGAAGUCGAUUUUUCAGCACCAAUAAGCUAUCUACGAGACGAUUCACUUGUUGUAGAUGAUUCCGAGCCAAUUGUGAAAAAUAUAGAAAAUUUAAGCGAUAUUAGGACAGAGCCAUUGAUACAGAUAUUGAAUAAAAAUCUAACAAUUAACAAUUCAAUACCGGCUACGCUCACAAGAUCUCAAUUAAAUUCGACACUAAUAACAGCAACAACAGCAUUGCCAAAAAAAUUCAACAUGACAAUGGAAGCGAUAGAAGAAUUGGCAUUAUCAGGCUUAAAUGGAACUAUUGAAGAGACGAUUAAAGACGUGAAUGGAAGUGAAAUUUCACCAAUGGCAUUAGUUGGUCGUCAUAGAAAGAGACCAUCUAAUCAGCGUCAUAAUCACGGUCCGAUACCAGAAAGUUGCGAGCGAUUUACAGGGGGUAUAUGCUUGUAUGUCAAAAAUUAUCCAGUUAAUGAGAUAAUGGGAAGCAUAAGGCGACAUCGGUAUGCAAUGGAAGCUUUACUUGCUGAGUAUAGAGACAAAGAAGCUGAGUUUGAGCAUAUAGAUUAUCUUGGUGAUCCAACAUCUGAUCUUACAGACUUGAGGCGUAGAAAAGAUACAGAAGAUUCUAGCAAUCCCGGUGCAAUGUGUACGAGUAUUAUUCGAUAUGCUCGACCACAAAAAGCACGAUCAGCAACAGGUGAAUGGAAAUUCAUUGUAAAUACAGGUGAACACACACAAACGUUAAGAUUAGAAAAGUGCAGUCAGCCACUUGAGCCGUGUAGCUAUUUAACGGAAAAUUUUGAGUCGCAAUGUACACAAGUCUAUAAUUAUCAUAGAUUAUUGUCAUGGGAUAAUGCGAGAGGACUUCAUGUUGACAUUUUUAAAGUUCCAACUUGUUGCUCAUGUCAUUUAGUUGGAUAUAAAGAAGCUUUUCCACCACUUGCUUCGCCAAGUAAUAGUUUAAGUGGAAAACGUCAUAAAUAUCAUGAUUUUGAGUCUGCUUCGUCAAAUAGGAAUUCACAUUAUAGUGCAAUUGAUGUUAAUGCAUCAGAAAAUGAUGAAGAGGAGGAAGAAGACGAAGACGAGAAUUUUGACUCUAAUAUUGCGUAUCAGUUUGGAAAUGGCUUUAAACGAAUCAAUCCUAAUAAAAAGCCAGCUGAUAGCAAUCCUGAAAUUCCAAAAAAUAGAUUAACUACAAGAAAAAAUCCAGCAUAUCCCGAUAGUUACUUGACACCACCAGCAAACAGUCAUAAAACAAAUCAUCAAUUUAAUAGAUUUUCAAGCAGACAAAGAACACCAGUCUUAAAGAGAAAGCAAUUUGAUCAAACUGUAGCUGAGAGUGAUUUGAGAAUUUCGCAUGUGACAGUUUUUCCCAAACAACAAUUUUCUCCGAGUGAGAAACCACGAAAAAUUACUCCACCAAUUUCAUCAACAAUAGACACAAAAUCUGUCAAUUUACGACUUCCAAAUGCACAAAAGCCAUCAGAAACCAGAGUUAAUUACAAUUAUCAUCCAAUUAUUGACUUCUUUGAGGAAGAAGAGGGCCCAAAAAGGGUCGGAAUUGAUCGAAAGACAGGCAAAGUUGUUACUGAAGACACAAAUUGGAAGCCAAUUAAUGUUGGAUAGAAUUCAGAUCCGAGCUACUAAUUUAAUUUAAUUUAUUUAUUAAUUUAUUUUCAAC